CUCUUGGGACCAAGCCGAAGAAUCAUCUCCUAAUCGUACUUCUGUAUCCUCUUUUUUCUUUUACUUCUUCUUCUUCUUCUUCCUCUCCUCCAUAGGCCCGUCCGAAUAGCGGGUGAUUCGAGGCAGUGUGUUAAGGGUCGUGCUGUUCAAUCUUAUACUCGGGUGGCAGUGCGCUAGACUAGACUCACAGGCCAAGCGCCGACGUCCCGACAGUGACAGUAUCAGAAGGUCCCGCUUGUCCGCGGAACUGCACAGCCGGAAGAGUGCUUUGACCUAACCCGCUGGACUUAGGUGGAAAUCCAACACCAGUGUAGAUCUUAUAGGGGGCAAUGGAGCCAUGACUCGGAAUGAUUCUUAGUUAAAGGCAAUCGGUCUACCCACUAAAAACAUCUCUUCGCUCGUCCUUUUUCUGAGUUGUCGAAUGUGAUGUCGGCUAAUAACCAUUUCACCUCAACGCCAUGAGUGACGAUGAUCGAAGCGCAAGCGUGCUCGCUGUUGCGGUGACCUUCCUUGUUCUAACAUGGAUCAUGGUCCCGCUUCGCAUCUACGUACGAACUGUCGUGACCAACUCAUUCGGCCGGGACGACGCGUUGUUGAUUUUAACACAGGCACUCUUUACCGUUUAUCUCUCCGCCCAGCUUGGGGGAUGGUAUCAUGGUACCGGUAGGCACAGGACGGAUCUUACCCCGGAGAACAACACCAGUGCUCUAAAAUUCUGGUUUAUUUGUGAAGUAUUUUACGUCCUUACCGCCACGUUCCUCAAGGUCACCGUCGGCAUCUUCUUGAUUCGCCUAUCCGUUGUGAAAUAUCACAUCUGGUUCCUCCGUAUCCUUAUGGUUGCGAGUGUUGUGUUGGGAACGGCAUAUUUGUUUGUUGUUUUGUUCCAAUGCAGACCUAUAAGCACGUUCUGGGAAGAGGCACCCGGCACUGCGGGAAAGUGCUUGGAGAAUAACCCUGUUGCGAUCACUACAUAUGUUGCAUCAGUCAUGAACUGCCUCGCAGAUUGGGCCUUUGGCAUAUUGCCAAUGUUCAUAGUGUGGUCCCUGAACAUGAAGAAAAGGUCGAGGAUCAUCGUCAUGUGUAUCCUUGGUUUUGCUGCUAUUGGAAGCACCGCAACGAUAGUCCGCCUGUUCUAUAUUCCUGACAUGCUUAACGGACAGGACUUCCUGUGGGCCACAACAAACUUCGCAAUUUGGAGCACCGUCGAGCCAGGUGUUGGGAUUAUCGCAACUUCUAUAGCAACUUUGAGGCCCGUGCUACAUUUUAUUAUGGGGAAGCUUGGGCUAUCACAGACAUACCAGUUGAGCCAAAGUUUGCCUUGGGCCCCUUCUCGUGGUUACAUGAAGACCGACGAACAUUCGACGUCCAACCUGCGACCAGGCGAUGGAACAACCACAGCAACCGCCGCUGGUCCGAAGAAGUCCACCGCGCCAUUCGAUUAUCUACAAACACAACCAGGCAUGGAUCCUAUCGAGUUAACCGGCAUCACGAGAACCGUAGAGGUUUCGUUAUCGAGGGACGAUGCUCAUGAGGUCAAACGGUAACCUUGCUAAAAGAAACGACCGCAAAUCACAUUUCGGCUAGUUCGUCUUCGAUUGAAACAAAUACCAACGAAAGAAAUGGUAAUAGUAGUAAUGAAAACCACACUAAUAAUAAAUAAAUUUUCAAAACAAAUAUCAAGUUCUCGGAUGAAUCGCACACGUGUCUUUGGUGGCUCAAGACAUUCGGGCGGCAG